AUAAACAUAUAUUAUUAUAUACAAUUGGAUUACUACAAAUAUUGAAAUAAAAAAUUAUUUGUUUUAAUAUUAUUUUUCGCAAAUUGGAUAUUUUUUAGUCAUUAACAAUUUUGAUUCAACAGUCAUCAUCCAGCUAUAAAAUGUGACCAUAUAUGUUAACAAUUAUCGAACGCCACAUAAAAAGUACCUCAUUUUUGUAUGUAUAAUAAGCAUAAUAAUUGUUGAUAAAAAAUAAAAUUAAAAUUUAUACACAAAAAAAUUGUCAAUAUAAAAGCUUUAAUAUAAUAAUAAUAACAAUUACAAUAAAAUAUAGUGCGUGAAUUUAAUUACACAUAAAAUAUACAAUACACAAAGUAGAACGCAAAAGCACAUUAUUUUCUGAUUAUUAUUACUCACAACCAUAUGACCACCAACAUUGUGCUUGUUUUCGUCGAAAAGUCACACAAAAAAAGAAUAUUUAUUGAACUCUGACAUUAAAAGCAAAAUAAAAUAAAAAUUAUUUGUGAUUUGUGAAUAUAUAUUUUUUUUAAGUAAUAAUAAAAAAAGCAUCUCGUUUUCAAAUAUUUUUCUUUUCAUAAAAAAAGCGAUAAGAAAACCAAAAGUGCUUUUUCGAAUCUGUGAUCAUUACAUUUUAAGUUAAUAUCUGUACAAAAGUGGCAUUAAACGGCGUGCCAUUCACCGAAACGACGACAACGACGCAGCAAGCAAAAGUGCGAAAUUGUCGUAAAAACAGCAUCAAGAUAAAGGGCAAUCAAAAAAUGUAUACGUUCAACGGUGGAUUAUCGGCUCCGCCAUUGCUGAGUAUAGACAGCGGAGGAGGCGGCGGGAAUAACAACAACAACAGCAACAAUGCCAACGAUCAAAACAACUUGUGUGUCGCAGGUAGCAAUAUACCACGCACACCGGAAAUCCUGAAUUCCUUAAUUGCCAUGACAAACCCCUUGGAGUAUUCGUACCCCUCGAAUCCAUCGGCUGCGAGUUCGGAUUGCAGUCCCAGUAAUAACAAUGUGUCGACAUCGAAUCAGAAUGGUCAGAUGCAAUUUGAUAGUCAUUCCAGUUGUUCAACGUCACCUUUAGAUUCACCUGCUGGAUCGACGGCGACUCCCAGUGUAGCGAAGACAUGCUCGCAGCUCAUAAAGGCAGGAAUUAAGUUACACAUUCAGAAUAAGAGGAAGUAUAGCGGUUGUGAGUCGAGUGGGAAUGAAUCGAGCGUGGUAACGACAGCGACGCAACGUUACAGUCGCAAACGCGCCGACACAACGACGGAUAACAUGACGAGCGACGAUGACUUGUCGAAUCACGGAAAGAGUCCACGAAUUGGGUUAACUCCCGAAGAUGAAGAUCGUCGUCGUCGUCGACGAGAACGUAACAAAAUCGCCGCCACAAAAUGCCGCAUGAAAAAACGCGAACGCACUGUAAACUUGGUAAACGAAUCGGAAACUCUCGAAACGCAAAAUAUCGACUUUAAAAAUCAAAUUCGCGAACUCGAGAACCAACGAAGGAAAUUGAACGAAAUUUUGCAAGCCCAUAGUCCGCAUUGCGUUCAUCAAGGAGGCUAUCAACCCUUACCUUCUGUGUCAACGUUGAAAAAUUGCAAAUAUUUGAACGAAUUGCAAAACUUUUGCGAUCAAAAUCAACAAAUCCCUUUGCAUCAACAACAACAGCAACCGCAGCAGCAGCAGCAAAUGCAUCAAUCGGUUAUCGAACAGCCCGAGAUCAAGUAUUCGCAAAUGUUGAAGGAGCAACAGGAAACUCUCGAAUACGGUGAUUACAAGAACAAUACGAUGUUACCUCAUGGAUACUGCAAACCGUCGCCCACAGAUACGACAUACGUCUUAAGUCCCGAUAGCGGUUUCGUCAAAAGUCCCGUCGAUCUUGACAACAAUUCGCAAUACUCCGACCAACUUUCGAGCAUGCAACUUCCGCAUUCCUGUCAACAGCAAUCGCAGCAACAGCAGCAGCAGCAGCAGCAACAACCAGGACACCUGAAAUCCAACAAUUACAACAUUCCAACAAGUAACGAUGCCAUACUAACGAAUAACAAUAGCAGUAGUCUUAACAAUAAUCUUAAUAACUUGCUAGGAGACACGAGUGAAAUUUACCUGAAAACCGAGCUGAUGGAUCCGAGUCCGUACACGACGAUACAAAGUGCUGAUCGCUUCCUUUUCGAGGGCACCGAUACGACUUUCGGCGAUAACACGACGAACGGCGUCGGCAACAAUCAUCUCAACACACCAAAUAACGUGCACAAUCUUCUCAUGGACAGCUUCGAUACUUCCAUCAUCAAGGCAGACUUUCUCAGUCACAAUCAGGAAUUCAAUAUUGGCUCGAUGGUUGAUGGAUCCGAUACGCAAUUCACCGAUUUGGACAGCGGCAUUAUCAAGUCCCUGAGUAACGGAUGUUUGGUGUGAAUUCACGUGUGAAGGUACUUAAAACCUGAAUUCGAUCGAAAAAUCGAAAGAGUGUCAAGAAAAUUAAAAUUUAUGAUAAAAAAAGUGAAAAAUGUGAUUACCAUGAUGAUACAGCAACAAGCUACAUGAUCAAAUCAAUGUGGAAAA